AUGCGAAGCGGGGAUAUCAGAUGGGCGGAUACAUUCAUGAGGGAGUGUAAGCGGUACUUCAAAGGUGAAGGACAUGCUGCUAUCACUGUUGCCAAAAUAAAAUUCUUCCGUACCCGACGUACAGAUUUCAAUACAAUUGAAGAGUUUAUCAAUGCUGUCAAGGACCGAUACAUGGCAGCAUAUGAUCUGAAGGAUAUAUGGUUCCCUAACAUAUGA